AUGGAAGGCUUUAAAUUUUAAAGUUAUUUAACAUACACUUAUAAAAAUUCUCAAGACUAAAUGAAAGAUAUACUAUAAAAGGAUGGAUAUCUGGAUUAUAAAAUUAUUCCAGAAUUUAAUUUAAUCAGAUACAAGAUUAAUAAUGAAAGAGUAAUUAGAUUAGAUAAUUUGCUUUUUCUAUUUGUAAUUAUAUUAAAGUAUUAUAAAGAAAACUUAUUAUUUGAAAAUCACAAUAGCAUAGUUGAUCUAAUUAUGUUUAUAAAUUGUAAAAAAAUAUUAGAAUUUGUAAUAAAAUUCUAUAAAACAUAAUUAUUUAGAAUUAAAUAGGAUCUUAUUAAAAUUGGAUGAAAAAUGCCAAAGCAUGUCAAUAUUGCCAUAAUUAUUAUAUUAUACUAUACAUUUUACAGGUUAUGAUUGUCCAUUCUAUGAAAAAUAGGAUUAUUAAUAUAAUUAAAUAGUUGAUGAAGAUGCCAUUAAAUCUAUAAUAUUAUAAAUUUUAAACUGUACAUACUAGAAUGAAAUUGAAGAAGAGAAAAUGUUAGAUAAUAUUAAAAAAUUAAAGAAUUAAAUAAAAAUUUCUUUAGAUUCAUUCAUUUAAUCAGUUUAAACCAUUUUUAUUGAAUACUCUAAUAGAGAUAAUGAAUAUUAGAUUCUACAGAAAAUAGAUACAUAAUUUAAUGAUAAAAAUUAUAAAAGAAAUAGUCGUAAAACCAAUGUCUAAAAAAAUUUAAGCAAUUUAUAGAAUAUGUAUUAUAAUAAUGAUAAAAAUUGGUUUUUGUAUGAAUAAUAUUUGUAUUAAACCAUACCAUUAAUUACGCAUGAAUUUAGAAAAGCAUAUAUUUAUUAAGAAUAAAAAUUACAAAAAGAUAUUAAAAUAUUUGAUUUUAGGUAACUAUUAGAUGAAUAUGAUGAAAAAUUAAUACUAGACCUAAUUAAUUAAAAUAUUGCUCAUAUUAGUGAAUCAUGUAAGUUUGAAUGGGAUAUUAAUAUUAUUUAUAAUGAUAUAAAAUUGAUAUUAUCUGAAGAGCUUUAAAAACUUUAAUAUUUCAAAAAUGAUAUUAAUUUCUUCAAAAAGGAAAAAAACUUUAUAGACCAAUUAAAUUAGUUUAAGUAGAGUAUAUAAAAGAAAGUAACCUAUGAAGCAUUUGAAACGUGUUUAUAUUUGAAGUAUUUUUAGUUGAUUGAAGAGCUUAUUUGA